ACAAUAUUUUUACAGACAAGCAGUGAAAGCCCUGCAGUAGAGACAAAUUGCCGUGAUCUUCUGGAUGACCGAGUACAAGUUCAAUGGAGGAUAGAAGGAGAAUGGCUUCAGGUGACAUUGUCUGCAAGAAUGAGGGAAGACCAAUAUGUAUCUUUUGGAAUCAGUGGUGAAAAAUAUAGGUCUUCAAUGGUAGGAGGAGAUGUCGUUGUGGCAUAUUUUGAUUCUGACACUCAGCGAUUUCACGCUAUUGAUUAUUUUAUGUCAGCAACAUCACAAUGUGAUGGAAAAAAUGGUGUUUGCCCUGAUGAAAGAAUAGGAGGUAGGAAUGAUGUAGAAUUAUUAUCUGGAGAGAGACAUAUGGGUGUAACAAAAGUUGUUUAUCGGCGCCCACUUCAUACGAACGAACCAAUCAAUGAUAAGCCUAUUCCUUCAUCAGGAGAUACUUAUGUGAUAGCAGCAAUAGGACCACUCAGCUCUCGUAAAGAAGCUUACGCUCAUGGAGUUAGGGACAAAAAUAAUGAGGAUAUUCGUAUUGAUUUUGGAAGCAAAGAUGACAGGCAGUGUGUUGCCACAUUCCCUACUUCAGGAGAGAAAGAAGACUCUCUUCAUCCUUGGUCACCCGCAAUCAUUCAAAAUGAAGACACUUUUACAGCCAGAAUAGGACCUGCUGGUGGAGCUAGGGGUUAUCCUGCUAUUACAGGACAUCCAUCCUGGGGCAUUGCAUGGUACAUUAAUGAUCUUCUAAUACCUGAAAUAUAUGUUGAAAGAGGGAAAACAUACACAUUUAUGGUUGAAGGAGGUGAUGAUAGAACAAACCCAGCUAAAUACCAUCCUUUCUACAUUACUGAUAGUAGGGAAGGAGGUUUCGGCCAAAGGAGCGAAGAACAGCAGAGACAACAGCGAGUUUUUGCUGGUGUUAGUUAUGAUGCUGAAGAAGUUAUGGGAUACGAAAAUGAAGCACUAAGUGGUUUAAAUAUCACUGAAAAGGCUCUAGCUGGCCACUACUGUGAAUGGGAACAUAAAACAGUAGAUAAGUCAUCGGAAUUCGAAACUUUCACUGAAUUCUUCCUGACUCUGAAACUGAAUUGCCAGCCUGGUGAGGCAGCCGUUCUUAAUUGGACUGUUCCUGAGGAGAGUCCAAACAUACUUUAUUACCAGUGUUAUACUCAUAAUAACCUGGGUUGGAAAAUACACGUUACGGAUCAAGGAUAUCAAGCGACUUUGAACCAUGCUACAUCUUCGGCCAUUGAUUUAAUCAUGUUAGUUAUAAUGUCAUUUUGUAGUACAUAUCUUGUUAUGAGAUAG